AUGACUCUGGGAUCUGCAUGGUACUAUGACACUGACACCAGUAAGGCUUAUGCUUCUAGCCAUGUGCGAUGGGUCAAUGCAGCCUCCUCUUUCAACAUCAUCCAUGAAGAAGCCAGCUGCACCAUAGCUGUCCAGCAAAUCUCCACCAUUUCUGUGGAGAACAACGGUCCACGAAGGAUGUGCUUACAUCUGCCCUGGCGGAAACAGCAUGACCAUGCCACCAGCCAACGAAAAGGCCCUUCCACUGGGCGCCGAAUUCUGUUUGAAUUCCGCCAGAUAAGUCACGCAGAAACGUUUCGAGGAUGGCUACGUCACAAAAUCGGACUCAAAGCAUCCAUCUCCUACUCAUACCACCAGAUGGAUGCCCUUUUCGAGUCCACUAUGCAUAACUGGGGUGGCGAGUCUAGCGUCCGGAAUCGCAAGAGAACUGCAGCAGCAGCACCAGAAGCCAACAAGCGACAGCGAACCUCCACCAGAGCACAGUCAGAGUCAUCUAGUGCCUACAAGCCCCAGUACCGAGAUGCUGCUUCCGCCGAAAGAGAAGGAUAUGAGAGACCACGAAGUAGCCAGGCAGCCAAGACUACUAGGCCGCCGAACAUGACGAGCCGGGCUGCAAGUACAGUGUCCAGGUUAGAACAAUCCACGCCCCAUGACAAUUCUCAGAAUCCUCCUCCAAACGCCUCUCCUGCUUCUACUGGACUUGGUUCGUCAAGCACAGCAGCAGCAACAUCUAUGACGGGUACCACAGCUUCCGCCAUGUCAGAUACACAAGAUGGAGACACAAUCAUGACCUUGUCGCACUCGGCCACUCAACAUCGAAUUACAGCGACCACUUCGCCUACGUUAGACGCCGAAGCCAAGAUCAAGGACAUCCUAGCGCGGCACCAAAGCUACACAGGGCUGAUGUCGGAAUUCGCCGAACACCAUACUGCGAUCGUCUGCGAACUCAAAGACAACAUUCGUGCACUUGAAGUUUCUGCCUCGACAAACCUCGCCCAAGAGAGGAAGAAGAAUGAGGGCCUGGCCGACCAAGAACGCCUCCUUUCCCAACAUCUCCAAGAGUUCCAGACUCGCGAGGUUGGCACGCAGACGCGCAUCACCGAGCUCCAAGAAAGAAUAGCGGUUCUAGAGACGCAAGAACAAGGGUUACGCCGAGAGGAGCGCAUCCUUCAAGAUCUGCUUCGCCACGUCUUGGGUCCCAUUCUGGGCAUCAGUGUCGAAGCAUGCGUCGGCUUAGUCCGCAGCGGCCGCUCAUUACAGCAAGCCAUAAUCGAGUCCAGUACCACAUUUACCUCGUAUAUCAAGGAGGAGCGAGAGCCAAGUGAGAAGGAAUAA